UACAUUCCAACUAGGCCACCUUUCGGCGUAACUUCCACAGCUCAGCUUCCUUUGCUAACUAGAGACAGCGGUAGAGGUUUCGUCCUCCGUAAUCACCAUGGCGUCAACUGAGAUAGCGAGGCAAGCGGGUGAAGGUGCUCGUGCUGUACCUCUGGCAGGCCAUGUCGGCUUUGACAGCAUGCCAGAUCAGCUUGUGAACAAAUCUGUCAACCACGGAUUCUGUUUCAACAUCCUCUGUGUUGGCGAGACGGGUCUGGGGAAGUCCACCCUCAUGGACACAUUGUUCAACACUAAGUUUGAGGGCGAGCCCACCCAGCACAACCAGCCUGGAGUCACGCUCAAAUCAAACACCUAUGAGCUCCAGGAGAGUAACGUGCGCCUCAAACUCACUGUCGUCAACACUGUAGGCUUCGGAGACCAGAUUAACAAAGAAGACAGCUACAAAUCUAUCGUGGAGUUCAUUGAUGCCCAGUUUGAAGCAUAUUUACAAGAGGAGCUGAAAAUAAAGCGCACGCUACACAGCUACCACGACACCCGCAUCCACGCAUGCCUGUACUUCAUCGCUCCCACGGGACACUCGCUCAAAUCCCUGGACUUGGUGACCAUGAAGAAACUUGAUAGCAAGGUCAACAUCAUCCCAAUCGUUGCCAAGUCGGACGCCAUCUCCAAGAGCGAGCUGGCGAAGUUUAAAAUCAAAAUCACCAGUGAGCUGGUGAGCAACGGAGUGCAGAUCUACCAGUUCCCCACUGAUGAUGAGUCUGUGGCAGAGAUCAACUCCACCAUGAACAGCCAUUUGCCAUUUGCCGUGGUGGGGAGCACGGAGGAGGUGAAGAUUGGGAACAAGAUGGUGAAGGCCCGGCAGUACCCCUGGGGGACGGUGCAGGUGGAAAAUGAGAAUCACUGUGACUUCGUCAAGCUGCGAGAAAUGCUGAUUAGAGUGAACAUGGAGGACCUGCGAGAGCAGACUCACACGCGCCACUAUGAACUCUACCGCCGCUGCAAACUGGAGGAGAUGGGUUUUAAAGAUACAGACCCUGACAGCAAGCCCUUCAGUCUUCAGGAGACGUACGAAGCGAAGAGGAACGAGUUCAUGGGUGAGCUACAGAAAAAAGAAGAAGAAAUGAGGCAAAUGUUUGUCCAAAGAGUCAAAGAGAAGGAGGCCGAGCUCAAAGAAGCAGAGAAAGAGCUGCAUGAGAAGUUUGACCGCCUGAAGAAGCUUCACCAGGAUGAGAAAAAGAAAGUGGAGGACAAGAGGAAGUCUCUGGACGACGAGCUCAACAUGUUCAAACAGAAAAAGACUGCUGCAGAGCUCUUGCAGAACCAAGCCCAGCAGGCAGGGGGCUCCACCACGCUCAAGAGGGACAAAGAGAGGAAAAAUUAACUCCUCCCACUCUUGCUGCAUGCUGCAUGGGGACGUCUUUUCUGCUUAGGAUUCCUGUAGAAAAAGUGCUCCCUUGUGGCCAUCCUGCUGUGAAUGAGUUUCCACCCCAUCAUCUUUUUACAGUACCCCUUCCCCACCCUCACCCUCACCCAAACCCCCAUAAUUCAACCCUCCACAUGCCCCCUGCUCUCUGGAAGACGCUGGGCAUUGCUAUCAGUUUGACAGUUUUUGCUGAAUGAUGUUUGUAUAUUAUAUGGUUGGACAAGCAUUUGUUUGGCUGGACUCUUUUAUACAAAUGUACAUGUUUGUUUUAUAUUAAGUGAUUAAUUGCAUGACUGAGUGAGCUUUUUGAAUAUUAACAUACAUGGCUAAUGUAGUGAUGGGCAGAAAUGUGCUGAGGGUAAAGUGAAACGUGAAUCAGACAGUAGGACCUCAGUAUGAACACUAUGUGUGGUCAAAGAUCUGCAGAAGAUUACAGGAAAGAAAGAAUUAGGUCAAUUGAUGGAUUAAGUUAAUAUUGAGCUAUCUUCAGAUUAAAGCACAGCAAUCUGUAUGGGGAUUCUACAUUUUACAAACAGCAACAGCAGUUUCUGAAUGAAAAACGUGUAAGUAUUUAGACAUCGUUAGUUAGUUAGUUAUUAGUUUAAAGUGAUAAUACUUAAGGUUUUAGGCCUGUCAUCACCCUGGUAACAGCACGUGAGUACAGCAUCACCCCUUGAGCUGCAACAAGGUCUGAAAAAAACAGGUUUAAUUUUUGAUCACCGAUCACGAAUACAUUGUGUUUCCUCUGACGGCUUGAUCGCUUUUAACGUGACGCAGCAGCAGCAAUAAAAGAGAAGUCGCUGUAUCUUACUACAGCUUAAUAUGGCUGGAGGAGAGCGAACCGUAAACAGUGAGGCUGAUGUCAACGAGAUAAAAUGAUACGGUAACCCUGGAUGCAUCUUUUCCUGUUAAUCCCAUUUGCAAGUGAGGGCAAAAUGAAUCCAUCUCGGUAAUGGCGAACCCCGCCACUAACAAUGUAGACUGUAGUUACAGAAUGUAAACACAUUGAAUAAUAUCAAAGAAAUAUAACUUUAAAGUUUCCACUCAUUAUUACCUCAACCGUAUAGACUUUACCUACAAUAUUAAUUGAAUUUAAAAUUAAAUUUGUUCUGUUAUUUAUGUCCUUUUGCUGAUGCUGUUUCACUUUAUCCAGAUGCAUGAGUAGUUGUGAGCCUAAUCUCCUUGCCACUUCUCCCAUACCUCAAUCAUUGUCAUGUGUUAUUUGCAUACUUGUAUUAGCUUUCACAUUUGCACUUUUUUUAUACACAAAUGUGAUGUUUUUUGAGUAUAUAUUAAUGUUGUCGGUGCAAUUGUAACUUUCUUUCUUUCUUUACUUACCUUGAAGGCACAUUUAAAAGUAGUUCCUUAUGAUGUCCAGUGUUUGUAUCGGUGUUACACAUAAAAGAAAUAUUAUCUCAAAAGAAAAUAAAGGCCAAUUUUUCACCAAAUAUUA